ACACCAACAACUCGACAGCUACACUCGACUGCAAUGUUGCCGCUACCAGCAUCCAAGGCCGAGCUGCAGGCCGCGCUCAAUAGCGUGCCCAUCCUUACGCUUGGUGCCAACACGCGCGUGACCUUCGUGUGCACGCUCACCGAUCUCAGUGCGUGUCACGAGCAGCUGCGGAAGGCGUUGCUCGUGGGCUUGGACUCGGAGACGCGCCCGGUCUUUCGGAAAGGUGCACCCCGGCAGCCCGUGUCGCUGCUGCAGAUUGCCAUGCGUGACGCCGCGUCGGCAGCAGAGACGGUGUUCAUUCUCGACUUGCUCGCGCUGCCCAAAGCGAACGUGACGACGGUCCUCGCCGAGCUCCUUGCGUCGACGACAUGCACCAAGAUUGGCCAAGGCUUCGAAUCCGACCUCAAGGAUUUGGACGACGCACUCGUGGUGCACAACUACAUUGAAGCGACCGACCUCGCGCGGCUCACGCUCGGACACACGGCGCUCAUUAGCUUGCAAAAACUCACGUACAUGGCCCUCGGACGGCGGCUCACCAAGUCCCAGCAAAAGUCCAACUGGAACCUCCGCCCGCUCAAGCCGGCGCAGCUCACAUAUGCAGCGCUCGAUGCGGCCGUCUUGCUGCAAAUUUACGAUGCGAUUCGCGCCGAGACGUCGAUCGAGGCCGUGGCGUCCGUGACGCAAACGCUCGACCGCUCGGUGCAGUUUGUCUGCGACAAUUGCGGCGCGACGCGGCCGACGCUCGAGAGCCUGCGCCAGCACACACCCACGUGCAAGGCGGUGAGCGCCAAGACGCUUCCGUGCGGGAGCUGCCACCGCCGGUUCCGGACGCCAGACGCGGUCGCGGCGCACGUCAAGACAGCACACGGCCCGAACGCACCGCCGCUCAAGCCCAAGCGCAACAAGAGCCGGACGUGUCGCGCGUGCCAGCACGUCUUCAAGACGAUCCCGGCGCGCGAAAAAGCACGAAGCAAACGUGCACAAGAUCAAGAUUCCUUUGCGAACAGACGCCAAGACCAGCGCGCCAGAGGGCGCCGACGAUGCGAUGGACGUUGACUCGCUCUAGUAGUACGCUGCUGCUUUGUAGAGAACAAGAUGCGAUCACUAGACGAAGGGACCCGAAAGACAACCUUUCCAUCCUAGUCUCAAC